AUGGCGUGGUCGUUUGUGCCAAAUCUCCUGUAUGUUGAUCUUUCAGGAAAUAAUGGUAUCACAGACAAGUGCAUUAAAGCCUUGGCAUCAAACUGCAAAAUCAUUCGGUCUCUUAAUCUUAGUAAAUGCCAUGGUCUCUCGCCUAAAACUGUCUAUAUAGUAUCAACAGAGCUAAAGUUUCUUGAAAACCUCGACUUGUCAAAUACACGAUGCGCUACAACUCACUCUAUUGUUCACCUGCUUUCUCAUUGUCAGCACCCUUUGGCAAACCUCUCUCUAGAAAGCUGCCAUUGGAUCGAUUGGAGUAUUCUUCUGGCAUCCUCCAAAGGGAUUGCUAGUCAUUCACAGCAUCUUUCAAAAAUGAAUGCCUCUCGAAAUAUUUUGAUAUCUGGCAAAACUUUGAUUGAAUUUGCCAGGCUUCGGGCACAACAUUUACUGACACUCUCAAUGAGCCAGUCAUGCCCAAACCAUGCUUCAAUUUUGCCAGUUCUUUCAUUGGACGUAUGCUUUUGUGAGGAUAUAACAGAGGCAGAUGCCAAGAUUGCUUCCGAAUUUUCAAACAGUUAUUUGUCAGUGACUCACAAUGCCUUGAUGAAGGAUACAUCUGCAGAGAGCAUUCAUAAUUAUUUAAAGCUUAUUUGUGGUUUAUAA